CUGAAGGCGGCGGCGGGGAUGUACGAGCAGCUGAAGGGCGAGUGGAGCCGCAAGAGCCCCAACCUCAGCAAGUGCGGGGAGGCCCUCGGCCGCCUCAAGCUGGCACUGCUGGAGCUCAACUUUCUGCCCACCACCGGCACCAAACUGACGAAGCAGCAGCUCAUCCUCGCCAGGGAUAUCCUGGAGAUCGGGGCGCAGUGGAGCAUCCUGAAGAAGGACAUCCCCUCCUUCGAGCGCUACAUGGCUCAGCUCAAGUGCUACUACUUCGACUACAAGGAGGAGCUGCCGGAGUCGGCCUACAAGCACCAGCUGCUGGGGUUGAACCUGCUCUUCUUGCUGUCCCAGAACCGGGUGGCCGAGUUCCACACCGAGCUGGAGCGGCUGCCGGCCAAGGAGAUCCAGAGCAACGUCUACAUCAAACACCCCGUCUCCCUCGAGCAGUAUUUGAUGGAGGGCAGCUACAACAAGGUUUUCCUGGCGAAAGGCAACAUCCCGGCGGAGAGUUACACCUUCUUCAUCGAUAUCCUGCUGGAUACCAUCCGGGACGAAAUCGCCGGCUGCAUCGAGAAAGCCUACGAGAAAAUCCUCUUCAACGAGGCCACCCGCAUCCUCUUCUUCACCACCGCCAAGAAAAUGACCGACUACGCCAAGAAGCGCGGUUGGGUGCUGGGUCCCAACAACUACUACAGCUUCAGCAGCCGGCAGCAGAAGCCGGAGGACGCCACCAUCCCCUCCACCGAGCUGGCCAAGCAGGUCAUCGAGUACGCGCGGCAGCUGGAGAUGAUCGUUUAGGGGGGGGGGGAACCCCUUUACCCCCCCCCAGCUCCCCCCACAUCCCCCCCCUCCGCUUAUGGGGGUGUCCCCCCCCUUUAUUUCCCCGUCGCCAGCACUUCUCCGCGGUCCGGGGUGGGUUUUUUAAGGUAUUUAAAGGGUUGGAGGCGGCUGCGUCGCCGCGGGAGGGAGGGGGGGGCUCGUGGGGAGCCCCCCGCCCCCCCUUUUUCGGGAGGAGGGGGGCGGCUCUGUGCCCCCUUCAAUAAAGCGAUGGCUUCUUCGA